CGGUGCAUAAGCGGAGAGGUCCCACAGCGUGGUGGACAGCAUCCCAGAGGGUCCAUCUACUUGUUUGUAUUCUGUCAUCUUUACAGUCAACAUUACCUUUAAUGAUGUUCCCGCAGCAGACAGCAACUCCCAGACAGCCUUUUGACUGACAAGUGUCCACACUUGCUGCGAACGAUGUGGAGGGUGGACGGGGUGAUAACAACAACAACAACAGGGCGUGCUGCUGUCCCAGUGGAACUGCAGCGUUCUGCAGUACACGCCUUUUAGCCCCGCCGGGAACCACUCCCGUCCACGCCCUCUGUCCACUUAGUUGUUCCGCUCAGGAGCCGACGCGAUGGCUGAUGAAGACCCCCAACAGGCGGACGGCGGGGAGGGCAGCCUACCCGGCCUUCUCCCCGGGCUGCACGGUGCUGAGGCCAGCGCUCUGCAGCUCCGGAUCAAGAACUCCAUCUGCAAAUCUGUGCAGUCGAAAGUGGAAAACAUUCUGCAAGAUGUUGAGAAGUUCUCAGACAUUGAAAAGCUCUACCUCUACCUUAAGCUGCCCUCUGGUCCCUGCAGCUCCACUGACAAAAGUGACCAUAGCUCCCUGUCAUCCAGUCGUACGCAGCAGAUGCAUGCGUUCAGCUGGAUCCGGGACCAUUUAGAGGAAUACCCCGAGACCUCUCUCCCCAAGCAGGAAGUCUAUGACGAAUACAAGAGCUUCUGUGACAAUCUCAACUACCAUCCACUGAGCGCUGCAGACUUCGGAAAGAUGAUGAAGAAUGUCUUCCCAAACAUGAAAGCUCGCCGACUUGGCAUGAGAGGAAAAUCGAAAUAUUGCUAUAGCGGACUGAGGAAAAAACCCUGCGUUCAUAUGCCAUCUUUGCCAAUGCUGGACUUCAGUAAAACAGCAGAGGGACCCCAGAGUGAUGUUCCAGAGUUGGCGGGCCACAUGAGCAGCAUCAAGGACGAGGUGCGGUUUGCAGCCUGUGAUCUUGUCUGCGAGUGGGCCCAGAAGGUGCUGAAACGACAGUUUGAUGCCGUGGAAGACCUGGCUCGCUUCCUUGUGGACAGUCACAACAUCAGCAACAAGUCUUUGGCAGCUCUCACAGUCAUGACCAGCGCAGCAACAGAGGUUAAACCUUUGCAGUCUGUCUCAGCAUUCGCCCCCAUGGCGCAGGCUCACCCCUUCCAGCCUCACGUGACGAUGCUAUCAUCCCCAUCUGUGGAUGCAAAGCAGCAGCUGCAGAAAAAAAUCCAGAGGAAGCAGCAGGAGCAGAAGCUGCACUCUCCUCUACCUGCAAACAGACAGACAAAGAGAGCGGACGAUGGUGUGUCCUCCAGUAGCCCAACAGCUCCGUCACCACAGCCAGCCAUCGGCAUUGUGGUUGCCUCUGUUCCAAGCCCCAUCACGGUACAAAGGAGUAGUCAGCUAAUGUCUCCAAGCCCUGUGGCAACGAUGGAGAACAAAGUGCUGCCAAUUAAUUUCCAAAUGGUCUCCCAGCCGGUUCAAGCAAUAAAACAGAGUCCCAAGCCAAUGCUCUCAAGCCCGGCGGGGGAGCGUACAGCUCGGCAGCGUUACGCCCAAAUCCUGCCCAAACCUUCAGUCACCACCUCCAUCUCCCUGCGCUCGCCUUCCACCAUGAUCAUCACCAACAGCCCCGUCAGGACUGUAAUGACUUCGUGUCAUGUCAGCCCUGUCAGUCUAGUCAGCGUAGCAGCCUCGUCGUUGGCUGCCAACAAAACUACCAGCACUAUGACAAACACUUCAAUCACAACUCCGGACAACGGACCUGCAACUGGUGAAGAAUCGGGCUUCAACCAGAGCCACAUUCUUGCUCUUGUGGACAAGGAAGACCAGUUCGCCUUCACCCAAAACAUGGAUAUUGAGAUGGAAGUAGAAGCUAUACAUAAGAACAGCCAAAUGCAACAUCCAAGCAGCCAAGUUUUUACUGAAGGAGUUCCAGGAAGUAGACCAGGAGGUGCUUUACAGAGGGCAGCAAGCGUGCCCAUACCUCAGACCAAAUCCUUCCUGAGCCUAGAGGAAGCACCUAAAUACAGUGAGAGGGCCUCUGCGAGCACUGCAAGUAGCAAUAAUGGUGCAAAUAAUUCAAACACCUUGCCGUUAAACGCUUCCAAUCGGAGUACUAACUCUUUAUUGAGCACCAGCAGACUUUCUUCUUUUGGGGAAAACACCCAAACCAAGGAAGAUUUCACAUCUACAAAGAGUUUCAGGAAACGUUCUGGCCUCAGUUCAGAACUUUCUCCAGUAAAAAGGGCUUUUAUGACGGAGCAGCCAGCAGAGGGCGCUGCAGGUCUUGGAUUUGACAUCAGAAACCAAGUUGGGAAUGUCUUUGAUGUUGAUGCUCCAGCUAGACCUGAGAGUGCACCAGCCUGCAGAGAGGUUGAGAUGAUAAUUAACUCUGUCUUGUCCACUCAAGAUCAUACACAGUGUACUUCCUCUUUCACAGCCUGCCACUUUGACUCUGUUGCCAAAACAGACGGCUCAUUGCAGAGGAAAAACACCCCCGCUGUUUUGGAAACUGGCACCUCAGUCCAUCAUGCAGUUUUGCAGGAACAGCAGGGCCACACCAUGGCUCAUGUGCACGCCGUACCCAGCAAGCCUGCUUUUCAGAAACAUACAGGGGUGAGAUCAAACUCAACCACAGGUAACCUGGAAGGAGCUCAGCAGCACACCUUUGUACGCUCCAGUCCUGCUGUCCACACCUUACCAUUUCUGAAUCAGACACCAUCCGGUCUGCUCACCCCUCAAGACCACAUGGACUACUUUUCCUUCGAUGAUGAUGUGACUCAAGAUAGUAUUGUAGAGGAGCUUGUUCAGAUGGAGGAACACAUGAAGCUUAAACGUCUGGAGGACUUUGGACACGGCGACACAUUGCACAGCCAGCAUGUACCGAUGCAAGGCAGUAUGACAUCCACCAAUCAAACCAUGACUGCUGUUUGUUACGCCGCAAACAACAGCAACCCAAUUCAAGCUUCCACCCCUACAUCUGAGAUGAUGGGGGGACCCCACAGCCUGACGGCGGAGAGUCCAUUCUCCCGCAUUGCCUCUACCACUCCGGUAGACAGCGCUUUAGGGAGCAGUCGGCACACUCCAGCUGGAACGCCACACUCCAACUGCAGCAGCACUGUUCCUCCCAGUCCCGUGGAGUGCAGGAACCCGUUUGCGUUCACGCCCAUCAACUCCACUGGUUUCCAUGACAACAGCAGCAGUGUUUCUAGUAGUCCCGUAAAGCCCAUGCAAAGGCCGAUGGCCACCCACCCAGACAAGGCCAGGCUGGAGUGGAUGAGCAGUAGCUACAACAGUGGUGUUGGGGGCACAAACAAAGCGAACAGCGGAAUGGGGAUCCUCUCAAGCUACCAGGGUCUGAUAGAUGACCAAUUUCGAAAGCCUCACGCCUUUGCAGUUCCUCACUCACACCACUACGAUAGUCACUUUGGCCGCUUGACUCCCAUCUCUCCUGUGCAGCAGCAGGUUGCAAGCAUGGCAAAGCAAGAGGGCUUUGCUGUGCCCGCCCCUUUGGAUAAUAAAACCACCAACUCAUCUGCUGCAGCGUUCCGAUGCCGAAGCGUCAGCCCCGCAUUACAUCAGAGGAACCUAGUUGGGAAUCCAGGGAACAGUUCACUUCCCAAUGUCACUCGAUUAGUCGGGUCACCGUUUAAUUCUCCCGUGACUCCUGAGGUGCUGAGCAUAUUUUCUAAUAGCGAGACAGGUCUGGGGUCCAGCAGCAUGGCUCAGAGAAGCCGCUCUGUGCCCGUCAACAUCAUGAUGGAAAGCGAGGCCCUACCCACACACGGUCAACAAUGCAGCAGCAGAAACAUAACCAGUGUCCUCCUGAGCAAGCUGGACAGGGACCAAAAUGACUCAACGCGUGGUUUAGGCAUCAAUAAUUUACCUUCCACCUAUUCUGCCCGGAUGAACCUCACCCAGAUCCUGGAAUCCAGCCCCAGUCUCUCCUGCACCGACAACCACCACAGUCUGAGGGCGCCUGAUUCUGCCAGUGCUUGCAGCUCACAGAGGCUGAAUUGCCACAACGGCAAAGCUAUGAAUGAACCAAUUAUGUUCUCGGCAGGGAACAGCCAAGUGCCAUCAGCCUCUCGAGGGCUACCUCAACAACAGACCCAGCCUGUGAUGUUAGCUUUUAGCUCACAACAGCAGCAAGAUGAGCUUCGGCGGCAGCAGCACUUAGACUUCAGCAGCACGCAGCACCUCUUAGACAGAAGUCUGGAACAGGCGUCUGAGCUGACCACAGGCACUGCAGACUUUCCCUGUGAAAUCCGAAUGACGUCGGAGCUCUCCAGCAGCAUCGGUGACCUUAACGGACUAGACACAAACUUGCUGUUCAACCCCAACCAGCCGCAAGGCCAAUAUCAAAACACUGCGUCAGAAGUGGAAAAUGAUGAACUGUUUCUGCAGCAUUCAGGUGGACUCGACUGGCUAGAGAGCAAAGAUCAUCCGACUGUCGGUUUGAUGGGCUGAAAACUGGUCUUUUCUGUUUUAAUCUGAGCUUUGUAUUCAUAUUUAUUUUCAGACUUUUACACUUUAUAAUGCAACAUUGAACUCUGAAAUAUAUUCAUUAGAAGUGCCGGGAUGAACUGAAAAAAUGCUGCAAAGAGUAAAAUGCUGGUCAUUUCACUUUAAUAUACAAACUUCACCUAGUGUUGUUUUUUUAUUUUUAUCAAGAGCAUUUCCAGUAAACAAAGAAAAACAAAACCUGUUACAAAGUUGAUUUUCAGUGUUUUACUGGAUACUUUUUGUGUAUAAAUAAUUGUGGGAAAUAAGAAGUAACUUUUUUUAAGUAGUUAUUUUCCGUGCAUAUGAUGUACUAGUUUGUGUGCUUUGUACUUAGAGAAAAAUUAGAAGAUUGCAGCUAAAUAGAAUUUUCUUAAUAUAUUACUAACAAUUCUCAAGUAUUUUAAAGUGGACUCAAUUUGCUGACCCACAUUGAAGAAACAAAUGCAUAAAAUGUUUUUUGUGGCAUUUCAUAUUAUUAGGAUUGCAAAAUAGAUGAUUUGAAGUAAUUAUAAAUUACUAGAAAAUGUAAUGAAAAUCAACAUCAGCAUAUCAUAAAACAGCUCAUGUAUAAUCUAAUAAUCCCUUAACUUUUUAUUCACAUUUACUGCACAACAAAAAAACAAAAAAUGAAAAGCAUUCAUCAUAAAGAAGAAUGACCCUGCUUUCCUAAAUGCCUUGAACAGCUUUAAUUGUUUAAUGAGGAUUUAUGUAGCACUUUUAGCGGGCCAUUGUGAAAGCUAGUGGUAUUUUUGCAUCACGAAAAUGCUUUGUUUACUUGCUGAUUUAAAGGAUAGCAAAUUAUAAAACUCUAAAGUUAAGGUUAAAAAACAAAAUCAUCUUUAGUUGGGUGGAUUUUGGACUUAAAAGUCCUCAAAGUAGACUAAAAAGCCAUAUUUACUUUCCAUUUUGUGUCAAAAAAACGAUUACAGUCUAAAGAUUCAAAGAAAAACACAUGCCUAUGACUUCACACUGUAAAAACCAAUGUUUAUUGUAAGCCACUGACAAUCUGUUUUGUUUAUUAUAAAUGCACUUUUUUCCCGUGUAGCAAAAGUUGUCACUGAAAACCUCUUGAAGUCGCAUCGUGUGACAAUCUAGUCUUUAACUGAUGCAGAGCAGUUACUUCUAGGAAAAAAGCUGCUUUGGGUUUCUUUUUCAUGAGCCUUAUGUCCAUGCCAAAGAUGCAACUUAUACGACCAUGCACUAUUCAUGGGUGUAAUGUUAUGCAAACUCCUCCUGUGAUAUGUCACGUGCAUACCAAGAACGAUGUGUCCAAUGGAAACACAGUCAUGUGGAGAAGUUCAUAAAGAUGCAUACGUUUUGCAGCAUUUGUUGCAGUUUUAAAGAAAUUUGUCUUUAAAAAAACAUGACUGUUAGGAAAACAUUGAAUUUUCCCCAUUUUUGUUUUUUAAAAAACAAACACCAUUUGUAUAAUUGGCAAUCAAUACCUAAUAUGCAUUAAGUUACAAUUUGCACUCGUUUUUAAAAUGCAGAGAUCCUGAAUCCGAUAAUCUGAACUUCCUAUUUGGAAACAGAAUAAUUAAAGCUGCUUUUAUUAUUGUAACAUUAAUUUUUUCUGUUUUAUUUCUUCAACAUUUUUUAAGCUUAGAUGCUUAACUUUGUGUCUGUGUUUGUUUUCUGAAGACUUUACCCUUCCUCUUGUAAGCGGGGUACACUAUAGCUGUAAAGUUGCCCUCUCACUGUAAUCAUUUUGCUGUGGCUUUUAAGGCGCAUUAUAGUUUGGUGUUUUUAUAAGAGGAAGUGUUUGAUAAAACUGUUUUUAAAGACUUUUUAACACUAAUAAAGAUUUUUAACUGCCAGGGAGGGUCCACGUUUCUUUCACGUGUCAAAGGAAAGGAAUGCCAGAGACGGUGGAAGACAACUCAAACAGGGUCUUUGAGAAUUAUAUGUUCUAUCUAAAUGGAUGCUUUUACUUCAAAGGUGCAAUUAAGCUUCAAGCGCCACUCACACUGCACUUUUAUUAUGCUGCAUUUCUGAUUAUAGCCUACUGAGGUCUUAUUCCACAUUCACACAUAGAAAAACACAAUGAGACUAAGGUAUUUGUCUAAAGGUACACAACAAUAUGUUUAUGCUCAGCUAUCAAGCCCUGAAUCCUAUAUUUUGCAAGUACUUGGUCUGCCUUUUUUAGUUGCCAUAAACAAGUUAAAAUAUUUUGAGACAAAAAUAUAUAGAGUCAUACUAAAUAGAGAUUCAGACAAAUCCCAAAAGAAGGGAGGUUUUUUAGAUUCAGCAAUCAUACUCAAAAAACACUUAAAUCAGUUCUUAUUUUGCACGUCCUUCAAUUUUAUUAAGAUGGAGUAGAUUCUUUGAGACAGAAUUCUGCCAUAAAUAUCAGUAACAUAAUGGCAAAAUAAUCAAUGUUCAACUUGUUAUCUGUAGCUUUGUUUUCGGAAAAAAAAACACCUCAACCAUCCUAGUAGCCUAAUCACUUAUUAUUACACUGUUAUGUUUCUUGAUCUCUUUUUUUGCCGGUCUUGCGUGUCCUUUGCUUCCCCUAGUGGCAGAAUUGCACAUUGUGGUCAUUUCUUUAAAGAACCAUGACUUGCCACAGGAAUGGGCAAGAAACUUGCUUUUUUAUUUCAACAUCCUUAUAUGUUUUUCUCUUUAAGACUGGGCCGGAUUAAACCAUAUGGUGGGCCGUAUCCGGCCCACGGGCCGUAUGUUUGACACCCCUCCCUUUGGGGGUUUAAAGACAGGUACAGUUUGAAAUUUAAUAAAAAACUUGCAGCUUAUGUUAUCCAAUCUCACAAAAAUAACUAUUACUCACUUCUCUGAGACUAAAAACUCACUUUAAAAGAUCAAUGUUAAAUAAUUGACGGCAUAUUUAAAUUAGAGCUAUUUGAUAGAAACAACACCACAGUUGAGCUGCUGUUUU